AGAGCAGGUCAAUUCCAGUCAAAUUAAAAAAUAAAAACCAGUUACAGGCAGUAAAAGCUCAGAUCGAUAUACAAGUCAAAAGUGUUGAAGCCAAUCAAAUCAAACCUUACAUGGGUAAAGAAUCGGAAAACGUUAAAAUUAACGGGAAGUAAAAGGUUAGGAUGAAUGUUGGGGUUUGUCUGUAUUGUGAAAGGAGUAGGAAUGUUGGAAGCUAAGGAAGCAAAAGCAAAACCGAAUGGCUAAAAAUGGCGGCACCGAUACAACCUUAGCUUUAUCAACAACUGUUUCAAAUAUCCUUUUUUGCAAUAGAUUUUUUGUUUUUAAGUGAAGGAUUGUGUUUUUUUAUUAAUUUAUUUUUGUCUUAGACUGGGGUUUAGGCUACAGAAUUUGAUGUUUUUUAAGAAUUAGCUGCUAAGGAACCUUGUAGAGUUAUGUCUCGUGAUCAUUAUCACCAAGGGUCGACUCAGUUCUCUAGUGGCGGUUUUGAUGGCGGUGCUGGCGGUGGGCCCAUGUUUUACGGUAGAAGCAACCAUGGUUUUGGCGAUAUAUACAAUGCGCUAGGUACAGAUGCAGUAGUAGCUGCGAGGUCAAAGUUUUAUCUCUCGGGAGAAAUGACACCGUCAUCGAUGAAUAUGAGAGUCCCUUUCACGGCAGCUCAGUGGCAAGAACUUGAAAGGCAGACUAUAAUUUACAAGUACAUGAUGGCUGCUGUUCCUGUUCCUCCUGAACUACUCAUCCCCAUCACCAGAACCUCUCCCUCACGCUCCUAUGGUGUGAAAGGGUCGUUAGAAUUGGGGAUUUCGAGCUGUGGAGGCUCGGAUCCAGAGCCAUGGAGAUGCAAAAGAACGGAUGGCAAGAAAUGGAGAUGUUCGAGAGAUGUGGCUCCGGACCUGAAGUAUUGUGAGAGGCAUUCUCACAAGAGCCGUCCCCGUUCAAGAAAGCCUGUGGAAUUACAUACUGACUCCAUGGCCAACAAUCAUACUACUACUAGUUCACAUUUACUUGAUAAAAAAUCCCACUUCCCCACUGAAUCAAAUUCACAUUUCUCAAUCCCCCCAACUGCAAUGGUCUCUGCUGCUCCCACCUCAUUUGAUCAAACCAGGAAUUUGGAAUGGUUCUUGAAAGGCGAGACAGUUCCUGUACCUAGUAAUUCCAAUCAAGAAUGGCUUUAUCUGAAGCAAGACAGGACAAAGGAUGGUGGUGGUGAUGAAAAACUGUAUGAUUACAGACAAGGACAACUUGACUCAAAUUCAUAUUUGAAUUUGAGAGAAAACAUACACUCAUUGCAAGCACAUCGCUUAAAUGACAAUUGCAGUUUGUUAUUAAGCCCCAAAUCAACAACUCUAAGCCACAGUAGCCAGACACAAGCUCAAGAGACGAGGCAUUUCUUAGAUGCAUGGUCAUCAGCAUUGAGAGAGAGCACCGGUAGUAGUGGAAUCGGCGACGAUCGGUGUUCGGUUUCUUCAAGUGAGAAAGUAGCGCCAGUUUCAACUCUUACGUUGUCAAUGUCUGGUGGAAGUGAAACUGUUGAAGAAAAUGAAAAUGCUCAAACAAGCUGUGGGUUUGGUAUAAUGAGUUCGGACAAGGAAGAUGUGGGUGUGCUGAGACCACAGUGGAUGAUGAACCAUGGUUCAUGGAUGAGUUCACCCCCUGGUGGACCAUUAGCUGAAGCCUUGUGCCUUGGCAUUUCUAAUAGUGCAAGAGCUGAUUCCAAUCUGGCAUCUUCUCAUGGCAGCAGCUUUGGCACUAAUGAUUCUAGUUAAUUAAUUGAAGUUUAUUUACUCCUUCCUUUUAUGCAUGUUUUUUUGCUAAAAGCCGAUGACUCUAGCGUUGAGCCCCAAAGUCGGCAAUCUAGAGUGUUGUCCCACUCUGAUUUUUGUCUAUUUUGUAUUACAAAAUGAAUGGUUGAGCUAAGAGGAGCAACAUAUUGCAAGGAAUGUGAGCUUCAGGGCAUUGCCGGGCCUAGUGCCUGGUUUUUUGUUCUUUAACUUUUAA